AUGACGUCCCAGCUCAACAACACAAAUGAGAACCAGGAUCAGAUGCUACAGGAAGAAACCUUGCGCCCCGUCUUCUUCGAUCUGCCUUCCAACAGGGGCUCUGUCAGUGUGGGCUCCUCCAGCGAAAAAACAAAAAGAGCAAGGCUAGACGCUUCCGUGAUCACGCCGGACGACGCCUCUGCUCGGGACGCCGAAGUGCCUUCCUGCAACGAGACCCCCGUCGGGCUGCAUGACCCCAUCCCGCCCUCGCUGACUCCGCUAGACAUCAACCACCAUCGCCACCACGCACAACUCCACCACAGGCAUAUUCUCCUCCAGCAUCAUAUUCUCAGUGGCACGUCUUCCUUCAGCAAGUCCCCGAAGUUGUUUCGCCGCUUCCGCUCGCGCUCCUUGCCCAUAAUCAACUACACAUCAAGGACACAUGUUUUGGCAUCGCUCACAUCUGCGGCACCUUCACUUCCGCCUAUCAAUUUGCAGUCACUCAAAGAAAUUGAUUUGCAUGAAAUCUUGAAGAACCCUCAGUUGAGACAUGACAUUCUUUUCGACCCACAACUUCAAUUCAGACCAAACUUGGAUGGUGACAGGGGAAGAAGAAAGAAGUCUGUCAUCGAAAGAUACUGGGCAGAAAUCGAGAAGGAGUGCAAACAAUUCUUCGAUGCCAGUGUCGCCUCUGGGUCCCAACCCGCAAAGAUUCAUCGGUUACCCGCAUUGUUCACCACCUUACGCGAUAUCUUGAUGUCACUUUUGCCGGGCAAAGAUCGUGCUCCAGUCAACGAAAUCAUGGACAUGGAUUUGGCUGUGCAGCAGUUUUCCCAUGGCUCAUUUGAUUUUGUGGCGAUGGCCCACUGGCUCGGAGAAGUUUUCAAGUCUCAUUGCGCCCCCAUGAGAGAUCAAUGGGUAUCCGAUAUGAUUUCAAAAUUCCAGGAAGCAAGCAAUGAAAAUUCGGUAGUUAAGCUUGUUCAAGGUUUGAGGUCCAUUUUCUCCAUCUUGGAAGCAAUGAAGUUGGAUGUUGCAAAUCACCAAAUCCGUAUUUUGAGGCCUGUUUUGAUAGAGACUGCUGUCGAUUUUGAGAGAGACUACUUCAAUCAACUCAUCAGCCACUGCAAGAUUGACAUAAAGGACUCCUUGAAAUGGUUUGCUCAGAACUGCCUGAAAAUUUUGGGCGCAGAGAAAGAUAUCACUGUUGGAGACCACAAGUCCGUUCUCACCUCUUCCAUAAUAGAUCUCCUUUCGUGUCGCAACAUGGCCACUGAGUUCCCUUCCACUUUAGCAUUCGACCACACCAGAUUAAUUUUAUUACGCGCAGAUGUCAGGCAGUUGGUGUGUGUUCAAUUAUGUGUUGUUUUGUUCAAGCAACUAAUCUCAAGUUACGAGUCUGCCUCUAGCUACAGAGCUUUUAGUUUGCAAGUUGAAAACGUUACCAGAGUCCAAGAAGAGAUCUUGGCCAUCGUCACCGAUGAACAUGGAAAUGUGAAGUGGACGCGAAACAUCAGAGCAAUCGCGAUUCAGUUAGUAAGAAACGUGGUGAAUGAUCCAUCGAGCGCUUCAGUCCAGUCGACUAAGUUACCACAACCAUUGAUUGAUUUCAGUUACAAUUGGCUCAUCAAACAGAUUCAACCAAGUUCUGAUGUGUAUGGAUUGAUGGAGGCAAAAGUUUUCAAGGAUCUUAUUCACGAAGUGGGGCAAUCCAUGAAGUUUGAACCCACUGCGACGCAAUCAAACCUGGGUAUAAAGAUCGCAACCGGCAAGCUGAGCUUGAAGCACAAGAAGUCUGACUCUGAAAUGACGGGUAUUGCAAACAGGAUAUCCACCUUGAUGAAAUUUCACUGGGACGUGUUCGGAGACUUUUAUCUCGAGUAUAUCAAAGAUCACAAACAAUCCUGA